UUAGAACUGCAAGCGACUACAUUUAUGUCCAUCCUGUAUGAAUAAAGUUUUCAUUAAUAGGGAAAAAGCAAGAUGGCGGCGUCCAUAGUCAGGGUGACAGGAGUGCUUUGCAGAGCCCAUGGUGUGUUCCAAGCAAGAAGACAGUUGUCAGCCUCCAUGGCACUGUUUCAAGAUAUUCCAAACUCAUUAUGGAAACUUGGCCGUUUAAAUCAUGUAGCCAUUGCAGUCCCUGAUCUGGAAAAAGCACGCUCUUUGUACGAAAAUGUUUUAGGAGCAAAAGUGAGCGAGACUGUCCCCCUCCCAGAACACGGGGUGUACACAGUCUUUGUUGAACUGGGCAACACAAAACUGGAACUUCUCCAUCCUCUGGGACAAAACAGCCCAAUUAGUGGCUUUCUACAUAAAAACAAGGCUGGAGGAAUGCAUCAUAUCUGUAUUGAGGUCGAUAACAUCAAAGGAGCCAUGGCUGACUUGAAAAAGAAAAAUAUUAGGGUUCUGAGCGAAGAACCUAAAAUCGGUGCACAUGGCAAACCGGUUGUGUUCUUGCACCCAAAAGACUGUGAUGGAGUACUUGUGGAACUAGAAGAAGCAUGAUCCAGAUGCGUACUUAUUGAGUCAAUAA